CCAACACCUACCAGUUGAUCGCCGGCUACACUACACACCAAAGUAACUGGCAUGCCAAUGCGACGGCUGCUGAUGCUGCUGGUGGUGGUCUCUAUGUCCACCUUGAUACUCUCAGCCACAGAAGUCGACGACCAGACUGCUCUUCUCGCCUUCAAGGCCGCGGCGAUCAGCACCAACGACGACCCGCUUGUGUCGUGGAACAGUACCGGCGCCGGUGUGUUCUGCAGCUGGGAGGGGGUGACAUGCGGGGCCAGGCACCGGCGAGUGGUGGCACUGCGUCUGCCCUCCCACGGGCUCACCGGUAUCCUCUCACCGGCUAUCGGCAACCUGUCAUUCCUCAGGACACUUGACUUGAGCAACAACGGGUUUCGCGGCGACAUUCCUGGCAACCUCGGUCGCUUGCGCCGCCUCCAAUACCUUGACCUGAGCAGUAACGCCUUCUCAGAAGCCAAUUUGCUCGGAAAAGGAAGCUUUGGGGAAGUCUAAAAAUGCACUUUUCCACCUGAGGGAAUUAUUGUCGCUGUGAAGGUUUUCAAACUUGAAAAAUCUGGAUCAACUAGAAGUUUCGUGGCUGAAUGCAAGGCAUUGAGAAGUGUGCAUCAUCGUUGUCUCAUGAAGAUCACCACAUGUUGCUCAAGCAUCAAUCACCAAGGUCAAGAGUUCAAGGCAUUGGUUUUUGAGUUCAUGUCAAAUGGUAGCUUGAAUGACUGGCUUCACCCAAAAUUUGACAAGACCACUCCAAGAAAUACACUAAGCCUACAACAAAGGCUAGACAUUGUUUUUGAUAUAAUCGAUGCUUUGGACUAUCUUCAUAAUCAUUGUCAGCCACCGAUUAUUCAUUGUGACCUCAAGCCAAGCAACAUACUUCAUGUAAAUUUUAUGUAACAAAAGUUGUAGAUAUUAUUUCAUAGAAUCCAGAAUAAUUGAGUUUGUAUUUUUCCGAUU